AUGUCGGUUGGCUCGAGGACGCUGUGGAACGCUCUGAUUAGGACGCACCACAUUACAUCUCGCAAGAAGGUUGGCAAGCUCAAGCAGGCAGCCUCCGAGCAUGGCGUUUUCGCAUUGCUCCGCAGCGGCGGUAUCCCUGGCAUCAUGUACGUUGAAGGCCCGGAAGAAGGGGUGGUAAAAUGGGUAGACGCUGUACAUGCGCUGAGGUACAAAGACUAUCAUGUUGCCUCUCAGCCUGCCAUGCUUGAUCUUGAAGUCGGUGCGCGCAAGUCGAUUAUCGAUCAUCGCGGUCUCACUGAGGUCGACACCGUUAAGAAGUUCGGUGAUAUCAUGCUCGAGCGCGGCGUGUAUACCUGGUGGCGAAAGGCCAUGGGAUAUGCUUCGCAAGAUGACCGGCUUUGA